AUGGCAACUUUGAGCUUGAACUUCAAUGCUCUGAGAGAUUUACAAGAUUGUGCCAAUGGUAUCCUCAGUUUACCAGUAACCAGACAAGCAAUUAUCUGCAACCGAAAAGAAAAAUGGGUUGAUGAGGUAUCCGAAGGAUCUCUAAGAAUGUUAGAUUUGUGCGGAAUAACCAGGGAUGUUAUGUUGCUAGCAAAACAACAUCUUCAAGAUUUACAAUCUGGUCUACGGAGAAGAACUGUAGGUGAAUCUUCUUUCUCAUCUAGCUUGGAUAACAAUUACGAAAAUGUUACCGGUGGUUGUGAUACCUCUGUUGUGAAGAAUAUGAAGAAAGGGCUGUUCAAGUGUCUGGAAGGUUUGAAAGGCAUGAAAUGUGAUCCAUUUUCAUUAUCAUCAUCUUCCCUUUCACACGUAGACCCUAAUCUAUUGGUAGUAGUAACUGUGCUUAGGGAAGUGAGGAUGGCAACUAUAUCAGUUGUUGAAUCGAUUUUGUCUUUGAUGUCUACACCUAAGGCAAAACCAAUAAUUAACAAGAGAUCUUUCAUUUCGAAGUUGAUGCGAGUUAAACGAGUUGCCAAUGUGUUCGAAGAUGAGGAUGAAGGGGUGGAUGCAGAUACCUUUGUUGCCCUUCACGAGUACAAUUUCUGUGAGAAAGUGUCUGAAAUUCAAACUGCAAACAAGAGGUUAGAAGUGUUGGAAGGUGCCAUUGAAGGUCUUGAAGUUGAAUUGGAGUGCAUGUUUAGACGUUUAAUUCAAACUAGGGUUUCAUUGCUCAAUAUACUUAACCACUAA